AUGGCAGGCACAGGGGACCUUCCUAAAGGAAAGGAUCAGAAACAUUCACAAAGGAAACGAACCAUGUUCACUGAGAAACAACUGGCAGAUUUAGAAUUCUUGUUCAGCAAGAACCCAUACCCCGCUCCCAGCCUUCAGAAAGAAAUGGCCUCGAAACUGGAGAUACAUCCCACCGUACUGCAGGUUUGGUUCAAGAACCACAGAGCAAAAGUCAAGAAAGCCAAACAACAGCAAUUAGCUGGGGCGGAAGUCAAGGCCAGCUCUUCCAAGAGACACACGGAUGCCGCUCCAGGAGCCCCCGAUGGUGCCUACCCUGCUUCCCUAGUUUAUACAGAUCACCCCAUACCUUCCUUCCAACUCAGCAUAUGCUCCAAUUUUAAGGCUCUCUCAGACCAUCCUUCUGGCCACAAAAUAGUCCAUUUCGGCUGCUGCCGAGAUCCUAACAUCUACUCCCUAUGUCCCAUUACGGAAUCCCAAAUUCUUUCCACAAGCUUCACUGCUAAUUCUUUGGGUUCUUCAUCUCCACAAAGAACUUAGUGAGCAAAGCCAGACACAAAAGGUCA